ACCUACACAAACUGCAAUCCCACCUAUAACUACAGCUACAUCUCAACCCAACUCAGAAAUAACCCAACCUCAGAGUACAAAAACAGUUGCAAUCCAGUCUACAAUUAUAACUCAACCGACAUUUACCACAACUGCAAAUGGUACCAAGAAAGUCCAGACCACAACUACAUCCCAACCUAUAUCAACUACAAUCCAGUCCACGACAACAUCAAACCCUGCAACAGCUACAACAGUUAAACUGUCAACAAUUACAACCCAGCAGAUUACAACAGCUACAACUGAGACUAGAACAACUCACUUGGCGGCAUCAAUGCAAUUGACAACAAAUUCACUCCAACCUACCAGUACAAUUCAUGCAGCAUCUGUAUCUGAAAGCAAAUCUACCACUACAACCCAAACUAUAACUCUUACAGUCCCACCCACCACAAUUACAACUCAGUCUACAGCUGCAACUACAUCCCAACUACAUUCCAAACCAACCUUUACAAACCAAAUGACAACACAACAACUUUCAAUUGGUACAACCCAGUUUAUAUCUGCCGCAACCCAACCUACAACAAAUGCAACCCAGCCUUCAACCCCACCUGUAUCCCCUGCUCCAACUCUAACACACACUUCAACCCAGCCUACAACUUCAACUAUACCUGCACCUACAACCCAACCAAAAACAACUGCAACCAACCCUAUAUCUACAACUACUGCCGUAAAUACAAGAACAAACCAUCUUGCCAUCACAACUACAACCACACCUUUACUUGAAACAACAGCACCGCUCACAACUACAGUGGAAGUCAGAUUUUCCAGCUCAGAAAUGUUUGAUUCUUUACUGUCUGACAAAAAUUCAGAUAUCUAUAAAAAACGAGAAGAAAGAGUCAAAAAGGAGUUUGUGCCGAUCUUUAAAAAAGAGUUCCCGUCCUUCUUCAGACUGACAGUGAUUAGAUUCAUAGAAGGAUCAGUGAUCACAGAUAUGAAUUUGGAAUUCAGGAAAGACACUCUUUUGCCAGAUGACAAUGAGAUAAUACGUACUAUCACCAGUGCCAAUACUACAUUUAAUAUCACCAGAGCAGAAGUUAUGCCAAAAGCUGACCUUUCAACUACUUUACCAAUCAUACUACAACCCCGACCAAGCCCACUGAAGCCAAAGUAACCACGCAUCAAGCAACAACGUUGACAACAAAAACACCAACAACAAAAGCCACAAUCAUCACGCCAACAACAAAAGCCACAAUCAUCACGCAAACAACAAAAGCCACAAUUGCCACGACAACAACAAAAGCUGCAAUCGCCACGUCAACAACAAAAGCCACAACUGCCAUGCCAACAACAAAAGCCAAAAUCACCACGCCAACAACAAAAGCCACAAUCACCACGCCAAAAACAACUGCUACAACCACAACAGCCAAAACCACCACCACAACAGCAGUUCCAACACGCCCUCCACCAGUUUUAAACCAUAGAGUUUGUCAUUUUAGUAAUAUUUUUUCCAGACCUUCAAAACACACAAAGUGUGGC